AAAUUCAAUAUGAGCGCUUCGACGGAGGACGUCGCUCUCGAUGCAAAUAUUGGGGAGGUUCUGCCUGUUCUUAUCCAUCAUAGAUGGGUCGAUAUCGAUACAGUGGAAGCUGUCGCAACGACCAGUAAGACUCUGUGGUCGCUAGUGGGGCGUAAGAAGCUGCGACGACUAGCAGUUCGAGUCAACGGGUUUCCAAUAGGCUCCAGAUUCCGCUACUGGCUGCGAGCAGGAGAUGUCUCGACACUAAUGAAGAAGGUUCCAGACGGAGUGAGCAGACGAGAAUUUUAUCUCAAGCUGGCGAACAUCGAGAGUCUGGAAGAUAGUGCAACGCUGGAGACCACAGGUGUGGAAGGAGAAAUCGACCGAGAUAUCGAGCGAACUUUCCCGACGAAUCUCUUCUUCUCGGAAGACGGUGACGGUAAACGUUUACUUGGAAAUGUCCUGAAGGCGGUUGCGCUUUAUGCAGACGACGUUGGUUACUGUCAGGGGAUGAAUUACGUUGUCGCUGCUCUGCUGCUCGUGAUGAAAGACGCUCAAGAAGUCACAGAUACGGAUCUCGACGGACUCUCGACGCAAGAAGCGGCGUUUUGGCUGACCCUGGCCUUGAUUCGACGCAAGGGGAUGGCGGAGUUGUGGAAGCACAAGAUGCCAGGGCUCUCGCAGUGCAUUUAUCUCUUCCAGCAGCUUCUCAAGCUUCACUUUUAUGAUCUAUCGGCCCAUUUUCGACAUAUUGGGAUGCAUUCCAGUAUCCUUGUCACCCAGUGGUUUGUGACGAUAUUUGCUCGUGUACUGGCCCUGCCGACACUGGUCCGAGUUUGGGAUCUCGUCUUACUGGACGGUUGGAAAGCUGUGUAUCGAGUGGCGCUCGCCAUCACCGCAGAGUUGCGACCGAAGCUUCUGGCCAUGUUUUUCCGAAAGAACCCCAAGCUGGGACUAGAAGAAUAUCUUCGUCUUCGCUUGCAGCAAACGCCGCUAUCAGAAGAGCAUCGCAUGUUGUUCCCUACACUCGAACACGAGGACGUCGCAGCCAAGAAAAAGUCGCUGGAACUCAUCCGAUCCAAGCUGCAGCGCUUCGACACGGACGUCGCAAGUGACACCGUGUUCCUCCAACACAAAAUCGAGUUAGCCGAGAAGGCUCAAGCCACUGCCAUGUCGGUCCGCUACGCCAUCGCGUACGAGUUGUCGGAGGCUGCAAUCGAGUUGAACGAGCGUCUGGAGAUCAAGAACCGACUGCGCUCCAAGUUCCGGAAGCUCAUGGCGACUGCGAUCACCGAAGCCACCACAUCGUCCAGCUCUUCUUCGUCCGGUUUCUCGCUCUGGAUGAACCCAUUCGACUUCUUAAACGAGCGAAUGGCCAGUUGUUUCGAGCGCUUGCCCCUGAUUUCCAGCUAUCUGGACACGGACACCGACGAUGAGGAAGACAUAGAAGCGCAACAGAACUUAAAACAUCUCGACAUGUUGGUGCCGCAGUUGGCAGCAGAGUUGCGUCUAUUGCAACGCUCCUUGGCCUACAACGAGCGCUUGGUCCGUCCACUUGUGCAACGUACAAGAAGACUCCAACGUGACGCGCAACUGGCUCGUGUGGAAGUGGAAGAAACGCAGCUGUUCAAAGACCGACUGGCAGAUCAGUUGCUGCAGAUUAUGUUGACAAGCGAGAAGCUCAAGAACGAGCGGAUGCAACAGCUUUUUGCUGAGGUGGACAGGAACAAGCUGUAA